AUGAAUAUUGAGGGUAUCCACAAGUGUGACCUCUUCGCGGCUGGACUAAUCAUUUGGGAGCUAUUGGAGAGACGCAAUCUCCCGAAGGAUUGGGCGACUAUUUCUUUCCUUCACAACCUCACCGCAGAAAGCAAGAAGUUGGGGGACUUAAUUUUAGGUUGUUCAUCGCCUUCGACUCGAAUUGAAGAACGGUUCAGUGUCGAAGAGGCUUUGGAAAGAGUGGAAAGCCUCAAAAAGGUUUUCCAAGAUCUUCGACAUCAACACCCCGGGAAGUUUCUCGUUGAGCCACAAAUCUGCAACCAGAAAAAGCUCCUUGAGCUUCCUGAAGGAGUAUUCGAACCAGAAACAGUAAAAACUAACUUCACCUUCUCUAUAUUGAGUUUUGGAGGUGUAGCUGGUGGGACGGGAAAUUAUGCGGUCACAGAAAAUGCCCCGGAAAUCAUAGUCAAACUCGAUCCCCUUAUGCAAACUUUUCUCCACGAAUGGACCCCGAAAAUUGAGCGAAAGAGCAAUUUCGUGAAGUUAUCGAUUCCAGAAAGUGAAGAAAAGUUGAAUUGUAUCGAUUCUUUCAAGUUUUUGGUGAAUUCGAAUAGUGUAAAUGAGAUGAGGAAUCGGAUUGGAGCAGAAAUCUCAAUGAAAAUCAAUGCUUUUGAAGAAAAAGCGAUUCUAGCCAAAGAAAUGCAAGGACUGAUUGAAUUUAUUUUUGAAAAACACAGCGCCCAUGAUGAAGCGAAGCAAUUGAUCAGAAAUAAGAUCACUAUUUAUCUGUUGGAUAAGAAAUUCCAAUCGGAGGAGCUGAAAUCGAUAUUGGAAGCGCUUUCUGAGCUGUUGAUCCUCGAUCUGAAUAUACAGGAAAUUCUCUACAGAUUCAGUAUCUAUGCUUUAUGGAAUUGUGAACUGAUGAAUUUGUCCUGGGUUGAACUAUCAGAACUUUUACAAUUAGCUAUAACUAACCUUGAAGAAGCUGAAAUGAAUUUCACUCGGAGAAAACGAUUCCGAACUUUCAAUAUCGGAGAUUCGAGAGCAGAAUGGUGUACAUCUUUUGGCAUUUCUUUCAGAAAAGAUCUCACGGAAAUCAGAGAGGAUUUGUUAAAGAAUAUUUUAACGCCACGGGAACGACAUUUAGACGUAAUUGCUAUUGAUCUAGAGACUUUUCGGAGAGCUCUCUAUGAAAAAUUGGACGAUGUUAAAAGAUAUUCCGUCAAUGAAGUGAAGAAUGAUCCUGAAUCGGUUCAAACUUUGGAACAAUUUCUGAAAACAGAAAUUGAACUGAAAAAGGAUCCAAGAAUUGGCUUCUACUUUGUUUAUUUAAAGGAGAAACAGAUUUAUACUCAGUACUGUCAUGAUGGCGGUGAGGAGAAUGAGGAAAGAGAAGGGCUAUUGAUUGGUCUCAAUGUCAAAAGUCUCAACUCGUUCUGGCACCACGAUUUCAGAUUCGAAUCGAUUUCCCAUUUCUGCUUUACCGAAUUUUUCCGAUCUGUGUACAUUGGGCUCUACGAACUGAAGCCGAUUCUCGAUUUGAUGCUGCAAGAGCUGAGGAACAUGAAAACUGAUGUGAUGGAGAGCAGUUAUCACAAAUCGAUGAAAGAAGAGAUCAACAAAUUCUGGAAGGCCCGCCAGAUUUUCGUUUUGCCGAAGAGUGCCGAAAUCGAUGCAAAUAGUGCUUACAAGUGGCAGAAAUCUCCAUCAACACGGCCAGAUCAUAAACGUCGGAGUUUU